ACCAGUGAUUCAAAGAAUGACACAUUGCCUUCUUCCUUGUUUGGCUCUUAUUUUCACCAUUUUGCUUCACGUAACACUAGCUUCGGAAAGCACCUUUAACUUCGUCCACUCUGACCAUCUGAACGGCCAGUUGUGUACUACAAAAUCUAGGGGUCAAGCCGUGGUUAUUAGCAAACUGGACUGUGCCCAAACGUGUUCCACAGAUCUGUUGUGUAUCUCGUUUAUCUACGAUGACGUCAACAGAUUAUGCCACAUGUACGACAAAGUUCUUAAUUGUGCCUUCGACUGUGUAAAUCCUGCAAACCAGACCUACAUUUACUACAUCAAGUUGGUCAUACACACAUACGUUGGGUGUUACAACGACAACCGGCGCCGUGUCCUUCCAUACCGCAAGUUGUUGGACAACAUCUGCCUGACAAUUAAUACUUGCAAGCUGCAUUGUCACCGAUUCAACUACACUUUCUUCGGAAUUGAGGGGGGAAGAGAAUGCUACUGUGGCAAUGUCAUCAAAGACGGGUAUACUAUCAAACCUGAAACUCAAUGCAACUCACCACUUAGGGGUGACCCAAGCACGAUGGGCGGAGGACACUGGAGGAUUUCAAUCUUUAAAAUAAUUGUCUAAUGCACAACCGUCGUUUUGAUCGGUCACUAAUUCCGUGAUGUUUUGUUUGUUUGUUUGUUGUUUAAAGCCGCACGCAGCAAUAUUCCAGCUAUAUGCCG